UUCGUCAACAGGGGAAAAUGGGGCGUCUCGGGUCAUCGUCGGCGCUUCGGCUAUUUGCGGCGCUGCUAGCCGGGCACAGCUGCGGACUAAAUAGGAGUAGGGAAUCACGUCGCAGGGUUAUCUGAUAUUUUUGGAUCCCCACUGUACGCGACUGCUUCCCUGGCGGCGCGAACCUCAAUCUUUAUUUGGGUGCGACUUUCCGUCCUUCGGCAAGAUACCUUGUAGCGAACUUCGCAAAACCUAUCUUUCAACUGCACAAUGUCGGACCUGGAGUCAAUAAUAUCCGACCUGGACGCAAAGCUCAGGCGAGUCACCGAGAUCGCAUCGCAAGUUCUGGUGCCCACCAACGAAGGAACGCGACAUCGGCAGCAUGCGGGAAGCUCUGCCCUGAGGGCUGAGAUGAAGAGCUUGCUAGCUCAGAUGUCUGCCGAUCUGCAAGAGGUCAAAAGAAAGGUUUCCCGCUCAUCUUCAGGGAGCGCCCAGCUAGCACACAGACCACCUUCUUCAGUCGGCACCUCUGCGAUUGUCCCUUCCUCACUGCCAGACUCCUCCUUAGCCAUCCAUAAACAGCGAUCCAACGAUCCAGCCUCGGCGGAUCAAUCGCCGGCCCAGUGUCCAGAUCACCAAUCUCAGUCUGCCGCUCCGGGCGAACAGGCGAAAGGCGACCCGAGCUCAGCAGAAAGGAACACAGACACAACAACGUCGACGUCGCUUGCAGACCCCACGUCCAACUUCAAAAGGCCAUCUCCACCCGCCCCUGAAGGUUCUGAGGCAGCCUCUGCAACGGCCUCAAGGACAAACUCUUCAGUCGAAGCCUCAUCGCCUUCAGCCAGGACGAAGUUCAGCCUGACGACUAAUGAAAUGGGGCCGAGACUGAUACCAAACAUCCGGAGAAUGCUGGCAGAGAAAGACUUCAACGGCCACAUCAGGGUCACAGACAUGGAACCGGUCGAUUGGGAUGCCCUAGCAAACAGACUCCAUAAGCCAGAGUAUCGGGAACAGCUCGCAGUCGAAUAUUCUCCUGACUCGACAAUGAAAGGAUGCUCGCGGCUAAGGCUAGCAUCGUCGGCGAAAUUUCUGUUCCCAAAACUGUCAACGACACCACCCAAACCUCCUAUCGAUGAGAUCUGGAAAUUUCUGGAUAGGCUAGCCAGCAAUCCCCCAGAAGGAAAGAUACCCUACUAUGUCGGGCCCCCGCUAGCUUCUGACUUUAUCUCGCUGCUCCACCCGGGAGAGGAAUUCUCACAGUUCGCGGCCAUUCCAGGUGGAAACUCGGUCUACUGGCAUGCUGGCUGUCGAUUGUCAGGCACGCCUUGGCAUAAAGAAGAUGCGAACUGGCGGUCGGUCAACAAGGUCUGUUCUGGCUUGAAGCUAUGGGUCGUUGUUCCGGCGCACUAUGCUGCCCGCUUCGAGGAGUUUGUUAAGCAGCACUGGAGGACGAACAAUUGCGCGCAGUUUGUGCGUCACCUUUCGCUAUUUAUCGGCCCUACAACUCUCAAGGAGGCAGACAUCGAGUUCAGCAUUCACUGCGCUGGGCCCGGCGAUAUGAUCGUCACGAAUCCGGGCCAGUACCAUAUGGUCGCGAACUUCACCGACUGCUUCGCCAUGUCAAUCAACUUCUUGCUUCCUGGGGAAAAAGUCAUUCCAGACGAUCUUGCUGUCUGUGAGCAAUGUGGGCUGUUCUCUCUUGCUCACAAAGGAUUUAGAGCAGUCUCCAGCCCGCUGACUUACGACGAAACUGAGAGGCUGCCGGUCACGAGCAUCUCAGAAAAUGAAAAGCUACAGCCAAAGAAAAGGGCUGUGUUGCGACAAGCGGCGGGCCCUCUACGGCCAUGCAAAAAACAAAAGAGCACUCCAAUGUCAUCUUCGGCCAGCCGUGAGCUGACCGAGGCUGAGGAACAGAUCAAGAAAGUCGACCCGCUGUGCAUAGUUCCAUCUUUUGGCGCACAACCUCCAAGUUCCGAGGUCUUCAAACUAGCCGCAGUCAUCUACAGUCGGCUGGCCAUUCGCCAGUUCUGCUCCCUCAUUCGCAGUAGAAGAGACCUGGAUACGGAAAGCUUCCGAAUGAACUUAUCGCAGGACAUUCCCGCACGUGUCGGACAACGCCUUGGCAGAAUCGACGUCUUUUUGCGGAAGACUGAUCUUGGGCGCCUCUGCGCCCGACUUGAGACGUUCUACCUUGCGCAGGAUAUUGAUAAUUCGAAGGAUGGCCGCAUCAGGGCUGACCCAGCCGUCAUCAAAAAGAUCCUGAAGCAGACCAAAUGCUCAAAGAAAACGCUUGAAAGGUAUCGCAGCCAGGGGAACAAAUGGAGACGCCUUUGCGAUGGCUACAAAGGGCUGCUAUGCCUCAUUUUCCUCGACGGAGGAAAUUCCUUCCGCAUAAACCCCGACAGCUACACAAGUCUGGAAGAAGCAGACGUACAUAUGUUCCAAGACCUCCUCAACAGCCCCUAUAUCAGAGCGCUUUGUUCGGUUGCAAAAACCUUUCAACGGUCUUUGGACAGUACAUCGUACGAUGUCGAGUUCUGCUGGGAAGCUGGAAAGUGGCCCUUGGACAGUACAUCGUGCGAUGUCGAGUUCCGCUGGGAAGCUGAAAAACAGCCCUUGGAAAAACUACCGGAAAACCACAUGCUCACACUUCUACAACCACUACCUUCAGCCCUUGAGAAUAUUUUCGACCCAGACAAGUAUCAAGACUGGCCACGUCCCCCGAGCUGGCUAGAAGAGUGGCCAUGGCCGACCGAUCCGACAGCAAUCCUAGGUGUGGACGAUAAGAAGUGCGACUUCUGCGAUGAAGAAGAAUGCGAAUGUAUACACAAGUCCACUCAACAUAAACCGCGUAUAAAGCACUAUGGCAAUAAAGGACGAGGACUACAGGCAGUUGCGUGCAAGCAGGGACGUAUGGCAUAUCAGAAAGGCGACAUUGUCGGCUUUAUUACUGGGAGAAUCGUCCCGCCGGACACCUAUCACGACUCCUGGACACUGGAUUUUGUGCGACCAGAUCUAGCGGAUGAGCCCGUGGUGUGUCAGGUUCGCUUUGCGGACGUAGGUAACUGUUUCCGAUUGCUGAACCACUCCUGCAAUCCAUCUGCGCGCUUUGUGCAGAUGAGGGCGAGCGGGAGGUAUUCGACCGCAGUGAAGGCCUCAAGGAAUAUUUCCGACGGCGAGGAGAUUACGGUUUCCUACGGGAGCAAAUGGGCUGGUGAACACUGUCUCUGCGAGGUGCAUCAGAAGUGAGGUUUCGCAUGCACGGGCCACAAGGCCCCUCCCAGGGUCCUAUGGCCCGUGCACUUCUGACGACAACGCUGGGCGUUGUGGACGAGAAAGAUCUGAUCUUGUUGUACCGUUAACGGCCUUGUGAUUUGUAAUUUGGCACCAGUGCUUUCUUCUCGAAAGCCAAUUUUUAUGUAUAAAAUUGAUGCUGUCAUGGGACUGCUU